AUGCUCAGCCGCCGCGAGGACCUGAUGAAGAUGGUGCGGCCGCCCUACUCCUACUCGGCGCUCAUCGCCAUGGCCAUUCAGAGCGCGCCCGAGCGCAAGCUCACGCUCAGCCACAUCUACCAGUACGUGGCCGACAGCUUCCCCUUCUACCAGCGCAGCAAGGCGGGCUGGCAGAACUCCAUUCGCCACAACCUGUCGCUCAACGACUGCUUCAAGAAGGUGCCCCGCGACGAGGAUGACCCAGGGAAAGGUAAUUACUGGACCCUGGAUCCAAACUGUGAGAAAAUGUUUGAUAACGGGAACUUCCGCCGGAAGCGAAAGCGCCGCUCUGAAGCCAGCAGCAGCUCUGCAGUGGCUGCAGGGACGUCAAAAUCGGAAGAGGGUCUGUCCUCAGGAUUAGGGGCUGGAGCGGGUGGGAAGCCAGAAGGAGACAGCCCCUCUGCUCUGCUGAGGCCUUCCCAGUCUCCAGAGCCUCCUGAGGGCUCCAAGAGUGUCUCCUCCCCUGGAGGGCCUGUGCUCACCUCCACCCCUUGCCUCAACACCUUCUUCAGCAGCCUCAGCACCUUGAGUGUCAGCAGCAGUGGGAGCACCCAGCGAGCUGUCGCUGGUGGCCACCCCCUAGGGAUCCAGGGGGCCCACCUGCCCUCCAGCAGCACGUUUCCCGCCAGCUCCGUCUCGGAAGCCUCAGACAACUUGCAACUGAGCACCAGCAACGGCAGCAGCCAGAGAUCUUCCUAUUAUAGCCCUUUCCCUGCCAGCACUGGUGCGGGGCAGAGCAGUCCCUUCAGCCCGCCUUUCUACAACUUCAGCAUGGUCAACAGCAUCAUCUACCCGCGGGAGGGCUCUGAGGUAUAG